UUCCCGAACCCACCGCACUGGAACGCCGUCCAAGUCGCCGCACAGAAGUACUCAGUAAAUUGUUUAUGUCGUGCCAAUACAGGACAGAGUGAAGAAGGAAGCAAGACUUGAACUGGGCUUUUCUCCUACUGCUCACAGGGAGUAAAGUCAUCUCUUAUACCCCCAAUCGCCACGGAGAGAGAGAGAGAGAAAAAUCAAGCAACAAUCAACCCACCCCGUUUAUCUGACAUUUCCCUCCGUUUUAACCCCUUUUGGUUAGGAGCUGGGGUUUGCCCAAAUUUGUUUUAAUGUUUGGGAUUCAGGAAAAUAUACCACGAGGUGGGACGACCAUGAAGGAGGAGCCGCUGGGCAGCGGGAUGAACCCGGUCCGCUCCUGGAUGCACACCGCCGGGGUGGUGGACGCCAACACGGCCGCCCAAAGCGGCGUGGGGCUGGCUCGGGCGCAUUUCGAGAAACAGCCGCCUUCCAAUCUCAGAAAAUCCAAUUUUUUCCACUUCGUCUUAGCUCUGUACGACAGGCAGGGGCAGCCGGUGGAGAUUGAGCGAACGGCUUUUGUGGACUUUGUGGAGAAAGAGAAAGAGCCAAACAAUGAAAAAACUAACAAUGGGAUUCAUUAUAAACUUCAGUUAUUGUAUAGCAACGGCGUCAGGACGGAGCAGGACCUCUACGUUCGCCUCAUAGACUCCAUGACCAAACAGGCCAUCGUCUACGAAGGGCAAGACAAGAACCCCGAGAUGUGCCGGGUCCUCCUAACACACGAGAUCAUGUGCAGCCGAUGCUGUGACAAGAAAAGUUGUGGCAACAGAAACGAAACCCCCUCCGACCCCGUUAUCAUUGACAGAUUCUUUCUAAAGUUUUUCCUCAAGUGCAAUCAGAACUGUUUGAAGAAUGCAGGCAACCCGCGAGACAUGCGAAGAUUCCAGGUUGUUGUAUCAACAACAGUCAAUGUGGAUGGCCACGUGCUGGCUGUCUCAGACAACAUGUUUGUACACAACAAUUCCAAACACGGGAGGCGGGCUCGCCGCCUUGACCCCUCAGAAGGUACGGCCCCUUCUUAUCUGGAAAAUGCUACUCCGUGCAUAAAGGCCAUCAGUCCUAGUGAAGGCUGGACUACUGGUGGGGCUACUGUCAUCAUAAUCGGAGACAACUUCUUUGAUGGCUUACAAGUCGUAUUUGGAACUAUGUUGGUCUGGAGUGAGCUGAUAACACCCCACGCCAUCAGAGUUCAAACACCACCACGGCACAUUCCAGGAGUUGUUGAAGUAACUCUCUCCUACAAAUCCAAACAGUUCUGCAAAGGUGCUCCCGGCCGGUUUGUCUACACUGCACUUAAUGAACCAACCAUAGAUUAUGGUUUUCAGAGGUUGCAGAAAGUUAUUCCACGACAUCCAGGUGAUCCCGAAAGGUUACCAAAGGAAGUAUUACUUAAGAGAGCAGCAGACCUUGUUGAAGCCCUAUACGGGAUGCCCCACAACAACCAGGAAAUCAUCCUGAAACGAGCAGCUGACAUUGCUGAGGCGUUAUACAGCGUGCCACGCAACCACAACCAGAUCCCCACUCUAGCCAACACUCCCGCUCACACCGGCAUGAUGGGAGUCAACUCCUUCAGCAGCCAGCUCGCCGUCAAUGUGUCCGAAACCUCGCAAGCCAACGACCAAGUAGGUUACAGUCGCAACACAAGCAGUGUUUCCCCGCGAGGAUAUGUUCCCAGCAGUACUCCUCAGCAGUCCAAUUACAACACAGUCAGCAAUAGCAUGAAUGGAUAUGGCAAUGCCGGCAUGCCCAAUCUAGGUGUACCAGGUUCCCCUGGAUUUCUUAAUGGCUCCUCAGCUAACUCUCCUUAUGGCAUAGUGCCGUCAAGCCCUACCAUGGCAGCCUCUUCGGUCACCCUCCCUUCAAACUGUAGCAGUACACACGGCAUUUUCUCAUUCUCACCUGCCAAUGUCAUCUCUGCAGUGAAACAAAAGAGCGCCUUUGCUCCUGUUGUCAGGCCCCAAGCCUCUCCUCCACCAUCUUGCACCAGUGCAAAUGGAAAUGGACUUCAAGCUAUGUCUGGGCUUGUAGUCCCGCCAAUGUAAAGUCACUUUUGUUUACCUACCGUAGCACCAAGCUUCAGAGGAUGAGCUUAGGGGACAAGUUUAGUAUAUUAAGACAUGCUGAUGGAAACAGUAUCUUCACACAGAAUCAGCAGCAAAUGGAAAUGCUACAAAAAAAACAACAA